AUGGCUCCUUUAAACGUUGGUGUAAUUGGUACAGGUAUCUUUGCCACAGACAGGCAUCUUCCAUCUUACCAAGAGAUGUCUGAUGACUUCAAGGUUGUUGCAGCUUUCAACAGAACAAAGAGCAAAGCUCUGAAAUUUGCUGAAUUGGCUGGUCUUCCAGAGGAGAAAGUGUAUGAUGAUUUGAAGGGUAUUGUCAAUGACCCAGAAGUACAAAUGCUGGAUAUGUUGCUACCAGCUCAAUUCAACUUAGACACUGUCAAGCAUGCUAUUGGUGCUGGUAAGCCAAUUUUGUUGGAGAAGCCAAUUGCUGCUACUAUGGCCCAAGCUAGAGAAGUUGUGAAGCUCGCUGACUCGGUUGAUAUCCCAAUUGGUAUUGCUGAAAAUUGGUUAUACUUGCCUUGCAUAGAUGUUGCCAAGCCUUUGUUGGAAAAGAUUGGUCCUAUUGUCGCUUUCACUCACAAUUCAACCGGUCCUUUCGUUACCCAAAAUAAGUACCUGUCCACUUCUUGGAGACAGAACCCUGAGCACAUCGGUGGUUUCUUAUCUGAUGGUGGUGUCCAUCAACUGGCCUUGGUAACAGAACUAGUUGGUGAAAUUGCCUGUGUUUCUGCUUUGACCAGACAGGUACGUAAGGAAUCCGGUACUGUUGACAUCGUGUUCAGUACAGUUGAGAUGAAGGACUCUGACAUUAUUGGUACUUUUACCUAUGGUUCCGCUUUUGGUGCAACAGAUAAAUCUGUCUUCUUGAAGAUCUACGGUAGAAAUGGUACAGUUGUCGUCGAGUUAUCUGACAAGAAGAAGCCUGUCGUUAAGGUUAGAUAUGGUUCUUCUGCUGAAGAAUGUUCAGCUGAGGAGGUACACGACGUACCAUUAGAUGACACCUUUGGUGUUAAUGCUGAAUUUCAAAAUUUCCGCGAAGCUGUAACUAAAAAAGACAAGAAACUAUUCAGAUCAACUCCAAGAGUCGCUUUCCAUCACUUGGCUUGUGUUGCUGCAUUCUUAGAAUCUUCUGAUAAGAAUGGUGACCAUGUCAAGGUGGAAACUAUCUGA